AUUACAAUUAUUACAAUUGUAAUUUUAGAAAAUGGAUUAUAUAUUAUUACAAAAAUUAUCACAAAAUUUACUUGAAAUUUUGGAUGAUGACGAAUAUUACGAUAUUACUAUUGAAGUUGGUAAUGAUCCUUACGUAAAAAUAUUUCGUUCACAUAUAGUUAUUUUAAAUUAUCGUUCUUCUUAUUUGAGAAGAAUUUUGUCAACUAAUAAAAAGAAAAAUGAUGGAACUUUGGUACACAUUAAAUUACCAAAUAUUUCACCAGAAAUUUUUCAAUUAAUUUUAUGGUAUAUUUAUGGAGGGAAACUAUCUUUGAUAGAUUAUGAUAAUUUGGAUAUUAUUAAAAUCCUGGUUGCUGCCAAUGAACUAAACCUUCAAGAAUUAAUUACCCAUAUACAAUCCUUUUUGAUUCAAAAUAAAACUAAGUGGAUGGAACAAAAUUUUAAUUUAAUAUAUCAAACAAGUUUUGAAAAUAAUUCUUUUUUGGAACUUCAAAAGUAUUGUACUGAUUUAAUGUCCAAAUAUCCAGAUAAAAUACUUAAAUCAUUAGAUUUCUCUUCAGUUCCAGAAAAAAUUUUGAUCUCACUUAUUCAAAGCGAUAAUCUUCAAAUGAAUGAAAUUCAAGUAUGGGAGAAUGUUCUUAAAUGGGGUCUUGCGCAAAAUCCCGGUCUCCCUUCAAAUCCAUCUAAUUAUUCAAAAGUUGAAUUUAAUUCUUUAAAGAAUACUUUACAAUCAUGUAUUCCUUUUAUUAGAUUCUACAAUUUAACUUCUC